CAGGGUCUUCAAAGAACCAUGCACCUCCUAUCUAUGGUGAUCUACUGCAUCGCAUGUCUCUUGGGGGUGACUGGAAACGGCCUCGUUAUCUGGAUUGCGAGCUUCAAGAUGCGGAAGACGGUGAACGCCGUGUGGUUUCUCAACUUGGCAGUGGCUGAUUUCAUUUUCACGUUCUUCCUGCCCUUGAGCGUUGCCUACACAGCUCUGGGCUUCCACUGGCCCUUUGGAAAGGUUCUGUGCAAACUGAACAGCACCAUUGCCUUCCUGAACAUGUUUGCCAGCGUCUUCUUGCUGAUGGUCAUCAGCAUGGAUCGGUGCGCUUCUGUGGUCUGCCCGGUGUGGUCCAGAAACUACCGGACCACCAAGCUGGCUUGCGGCAUUGCAGUGAUUGUAUGGAUUGCCGCCUUAGUCCUGAGCGCUCCGUAUCUCAUUUUCCGAGACACGGCAACCAAUUCCAGGAACGUCAUCAGCUGCUACAACAACUUUGCUCUGUCCACUGACUAUAAUGCUGCGGAGACACGAAAGAUCUGGAGGAUAAGACACAGAGCCAUGAUCAUCACCAGAUUCCUGUUUGGCUUCCUCAUUCCCUUCUCUGUGAUCCUGGUCUGCUACACCCUUGUUGUGUUCAGGAUGAAGAGGAGGCGCCUAACGAAGUCCUCCAGGCCCUUCAAGAUCAUCUUUGCAGUAACGGGGUCAUUUUUCCUGUGCUAUUUUCCGUACCAUGCCUUCUCCUUGCUGGAAAUGUCCAAAAUGUCUUCCAGUCAUGAGUUCAAAAUGGCUUUGCACAUAGGGAUCCCUUUGGCUUCCAGUUUAGCCUUCUUCAACAGCUGCAUUAACCCCAUACUCUACGUGUUUGUAGGGCAGAAGACAUUCCGGCAGUCUAUCCUCUCGGCUUUCGAAGGGGCUUUUGGGGAGGACUCUCUUCUGUCCACCUUAUCCAGCAAGAGAAAAUCAAGAUCCGUUUCCCAGGCAGAUAUUCAAAUGCCAAAUGGGUUACAUCUUGUGCCAAAUCACCCUUCAGAACCCUAG